CAUAGUGCUGUACAGGGAAACAACGAAGCAUAACGGUUCGCGCACGCACGUUCAAGAAACUCACGGUUGGAGUUCGACUGGAGCCAUUCCACGCUCAGGACAAGUUCCUUUAAAGCUACACGUUCAUUUUAUUACUGAUCACGUUACAUCUAAACGUAGUAGUUGUUGAAUUAAUCAAUUGCUGCUGAAAUGGCCGACGGAGGCGAGGUAGCAAGCACAUCGGGCGCGCCUACACCGGUUGCACCGAGAGUAGUCGAGUAUGACCCAAUCACUGGGGUACCUUCAGAAUUUAAUGAGUUCUUGCCACCAGACUGCCCAGAGUAUAAAAAAUGGAAGUCGGCGCAAGAAGGCGGGGAGGCGCUCGAGAAGCUGACGCUAAAAGACAAGAGCGGCGCUGAUGUCGAGAAGCUGCCCGGUGGCAAGGUGAAGAAGAAGACCAAGCCGCAGGUGUUGCUCAGCGUCGCGCAACGCCAAAAGAACAAGAGCACGACCACGGUGGCGGGUCUGGAACUGUUUGGCGUGAAGCUGUCGGAGGCUGGAAAGCUUUUCGGCAAGAAGUUUGCGUGCGGCGCGUCAGUCGUUAAGACGGCAUCCGGUGGCGAGCAAAUUGAGAUGCAGGGCGACUUCCUGCACCAGAUCCCCGAGCUCCUGCUCAAAAACUACAAGAACAUCACCAAGGACGACGUCUUCUACGUCGACAUGGCUGACGGUAAAAAGAAGAAGAACUACUUUGCUGACGGGGACGACGAUGACGAUGACGCCUAAAGUGAUGGGUGGUGUGGGGUAGGGAGGGUCUACGGUGUUUCACCGUAUGUGCAACCUCCUGGAGCCGCCAGUUGCACUUGGCAUGCGGAGCAGCGUAUAACAUCAUGGGCAGUGUUUAACGUGUGAGUGUCCUGACUGACGGAGAAAGCCCGGUUGGAACCUGGACAUGAGAGGGUGAGGCCAACUCUGGGGUGUUCAGCACUAUCCCCUAAUUGUGGGGUAUAGCCACGCUGUUUUACCAUGUGGCUUCAGUUUAGAAUGCGGAGUGUUACAAGGAUUAUAGGAGCGCAGACUGCAGAGGUCAGGUGGUUCAGCGGCCGUACUUCCUACCUUGUAACCACGUGGUAUUGCCCCGUAUUGGCACGGCAUUUCCUUCUCUCUAGCAGCGGAAUAUAAUGGCAUGCGGUAACAACGUACUUUACGGACUGUUCAGGAGUUCCAUCGUACAAUCGGUUUCUCGGCACGUUCAGGACGCGUUGCCGUCGGUUAGAUACGGACGGGUUCGACUUCACCCUGUCAUCCAUAGCUACUUGAUUAAUACGGUACCACGCAAUGUCAAGCUGCAGUUGAAUUCUUAAUUGUUUCCGGAAUAGUUGUCGAGUUUAUCACUGAAGCAGUGCCGCCCACCCUGCGGACUGGCCAAACUAUUAAACGGAUUUCAGUAUACUUGUCUGUCGAUAGUGGAUGGGACUAACACGUGUUGCUCAAGACCCGUGGAGUGAAUCCUGUAACGUGCCGACCUUUAUCCCACCACCUGUCGAAGUCAAGUCGUGCCACGUUCCCCUUACUGCCGAAAGAGCAACUGAAGUCGUAAGAAGCCAUUUGAGGCGCACUAGCAUGUCGAACGACGGACAGGGUGAUGCAGCAGACGUCCCGGCCAACUCGAGUUUGGGCCAUCGGAGCCCCUCGCCUCGACCACCUGGAAUCCAGUUGGAAGGAAUCGGGCCUUACGAUUCGGGGGCGCCUACGCUGAGCCCCAGUAAUCAACAGCAGCUCGCGGCCGCGGACGCUGACGCCGGCAACGUGCCGAACAGCGGUUGCCCUCUGAGCGGACGGGAUUUGCUGGAAAGCGACUUAAUACAGGCGUGGAUGCAGAAGGCAGACGAAGCGCAGAACGAAUUUACUUUUGGAAGCGCGGGAGGGCCCGGUGCCGCCAUAGGAGCGGCCGCCCUCAUGCCCCGGCCUCCGAGUGGCCCACCACCCUUGGCUCGGCGCCUCAGCUGUCCCGAAACGCUGCUGCAGCCUGAGCUGGACGCCUCAGCAGGUGAUAGCUCAACUCCGCAGGACGCACUUGAACCGUUGGCCAACCACCACAUGUGGAUGUACAACCGCGACCGUUGUGCUUACGACGGAGGAGACGGCUCUGGACUCCUGUACUCAGCCUCCAGUGCUCUAGCGGUGCAGAACCGCUCGGGCCGGCUUCCAAGCCAGAAGUGGCAGCCCCGCUAUGCCGCCGGCAUCUUUGACAGCAACGACCCCAACAGCGGCGCCAACCGCUUCACCCGAGUCGCUCGCCUGGCAGCCCAGGAAGCCGACCCAGAUGCCCUUCGCUCCCUGGCUGCCGUUAUCAUCCAGUCCUACUGCCGCGGCUGGCGUGCACGGAGGCAGGCGGCUCUGCAGCAGGCCGCGGAGGCCGACGAACGUGCAAGACGCGCCGCGGCGGAGGCGCUGGCUCGGGAGCGUGCGGAAGUACGGCGGCAGCUGCGGCUGGCGGCGCGCGAUUGCUUGCUUGCCGUACAUGCGCAGCAGGAUUAUGACCGUACUCGCUUGCGGCUGGCGGCGGCGCGGGGGCUGGGACCAAGCGCCCUUUCAGCGGCUCCGCCGCCGCCGCCUACCAUCCCGCCUGCGCUGUGGUCGCGUUGCCAAGCGAUGGGUUUGGACCCCAUUCAGGUGCUGCUAGACAGCGGCAUGCGGAGUCAGCAGAUUGAAGAUAUCAUCAAUGCUUCACAGCUGGCGGCGCAACUGCCGCGUCGCGCAGCAAAGGUAGCGGCGCAUUUGGUGGGCGGUGCUGCCGCCGCCGCGGGUGCCGAUGCUGGCGCCGGCGACGGAGGAUACGGUGGUGGCGACAGCUGCGAGGCUGCUCGGGAAGGCGGCGAGGCGGCGGUGGCGGUGGCGGCAACUUCAUCAACAGAACUGACGCAGCGUGCGGAGUCCGCUCGGAGGCUUUCACAGCCCGGCCGCGUCACUGUUGCUGCUCCGCUGUCGCCACCGCAGCAGCUGCGUCUUGGCAGCGCGGUGGGCGGGCGACAGUCCGGCAGCAGCAACCCGCUGCAACCCUCCGUCAUGUCGUACCAACUGCCAAACCAGCAACAACAACAGCAACCGCAGCAGCAGCAGCAGCAGGGUUCAGCGGGCCAGACGAGCAGCAGUAGCUGUGCCGACCUGGUCGAUCCAACCCUUCUGCUCAUGCAGCAGCAGCAGCAGCAGCAGCCAGUAGCAGGAGGCGGUCUCGCAGGUACCGGGCUGCGUCGCUCUCAGCCGCCUCCCUCCGCCUCCGUCUCCUCCACCACCCAGCGAAUCGCAUCCGCCGCUCCUCGCCGCUCUGCUAGCGGCUCCCUCUCAGCAAGCCCACCACGACUUCCCAUCCCCUUUUCGACAUCCGGCCUGGGACCCGAUGCAGUGCGUCUCAGCGCGUCAGCCCUGCAAGCCGGCAUGCAGGCCGCAGCACCGGGGAGUGCGCUUCGAGGCACGCCACCAUGCCCGCCGCGCGGCCGCAGCCGCCGGUUAUCCGUGGAGUACGUAGUCGGUGGCAGCAGUGGCAGCUUUACCAGCGGCGUGCCGCUGGUGGCGUCUGCUGGACCAGCGUUCGCCUCGCUUGGCGGCGCGCCGGGCGGGGUGGGGAGCCCCAUGAGCUAUCCGUCUCCCAUGCGGUUUCGGAGGGGCUCGGAUUGCGGCGCGGAGCUGCUGCAAGCGCAUCCUCCCCUGUCGGCUCGAGCUGUUAUUCUGCCGUUUGUACGGCAGUCCUCGGGUGGAUUGGAUAAGGGCGUCAUGGGUGGUGUGGCGGCGGUGGCGCCGUCGUCGCCGCUGGCGUUGGAUGCCGGCGGCGGUUGUACCGGUAUGCUGGGAUCGGCUGCUUCCCUACCCGCGACGUGUGUACCGACGCCGGUGGUGACGCCGACGGGUGGGGUGGGCAGCCAUGCGCAGCCGGCCCUCGCAGCGCAGGUGGCUUUCGAUGCAAGUCCUGACGUUCGCCGCCGCAACUCCUUCCUCGGCAUGGGCCUGCCGCCGCCAGCUCCCUCCAGCAACAUCAACAGCAACAACGGUUCGGCCGGCGGCGCCGCAAUCGACAUUGCCGUCGCCGUCGCCGCCGCCGGCGGCAGCAGCGGUGGGCCUAUGCGGCCCAUGUCUCCCAUGGCAAUGCGCCGAAGCAGCUGCGGCGGUAACCGCGCUUUACCACCACCCAGCCUCAGCCCGCGCGCCCUCUCAGUCUCAACUAGCCAGGGGCCGCAGAGCUCUGGGAUGCUGCCGCUGUUGCCGUCCCAGGGCUCGUCGAGCGCCGUACAAGGCACUGGAAGCGGCGGCGGAGCCGCCGCUGCCGCCGCCGCCGCAGGCGGCGGCGCUGGCGGUAACGGUAUUGGUAGCGGUUCCCCAUCUGUAACCGCUUCACCCGCGCUAUCACCCUUCGUACCCGCGAUGGCUGCCGGCGGAGCUGCUGCCGUGUCGCUGGACACGCCGCCCAACCGCAUGCGCCGGGCCAGCAACCUGGCACCGACGUCAGCGCUGACGUCAGCGGCGGUUGGUUCGCCUCCGUCAGGCGGCUCGCCGCUGGCUGUACGGCGGUUGCAAUCGCAGACGCAGCUUCUGAUGGCGUCCGGCUCGCCUGCCGGCGCUGCGGGAAUCCUGGCUGCGGGCGCAACUGGGAUCUCCAUCUUCGCCAACUCACCGACGGGCUCACCUGCCCGGGUGCGUCCGUCGGGACCAAGCGGCAGCGGUGCGACGGGGGAGGCGGCGCAGGCUGCUGCGGCGGCGGCGUCCGCGGCUCUGCCGGGAGGUUACUCGCGUGUGCUGCCGCUGGGGCCGACACGGUCGCAAGGGCAGCUGCCGUCGCCUGCUGCGCGCUGAGCAGGCGAGCGGAUUGUCUAUCGAGGCCUUGUUUGUCUUGCCAUCGUCCUUGUUGUGUGUCGGCAUGGGUGGACGAGAUAUGGGUUUGGCAUGGUGACUAGGAUUUAUGCUGUAAAACGUUGUUGGCUGCGUGAAGAUUUUGGACGAGCCCUUGACGAGAUGACGACUCAUGGACAAGCGCUAAACGCAAACCUGGAUUAAAGGUGCUCGCGCAGUGUGGUAUUAGUGCAUUUCGAAACGCUGGGUGAUAAGGGUCGUGUGAGGCUCUAGGGAAGCUUGGUAUUCGUCGACUGUACAUGACGGCUUUUUGGCACGUGUUCCCAAUCUUCUACACCGUCCGAGAUCCUUUAGGGAUCCAAGCUUGUGUUCUUCGGAUGCAUGCGGCGCGAGACCGCACUGGAGCGACACUGAUAGCAUCGUGAACAUUGAAUCCUGCCCAGAUUCACGCCUGCUGGCCGCUUCCAAUGUCUGUGAAAGGUUCCUCGCCGGCUUGCUUCAUCCUCGCGAUUGCUUGCUUUAUUGUGCAACAUAUUGCCUCGCUGAAGUGUCCUUGUUUGUUAACUCAUCGUGUUUACCCCAGUGCCUGUAUCUUUUUCUGGGGUUUUAUUACCGGUAGGCUGGACCAAAACCGCCAUUGAACAACGUUCCUUCGUUUUUAGGCUAACGCUUGGUUGUACGACCAAUGAAGCAUACGAUCGAUUACUGACCCUAACCUGUGUUUUGCGUUCCAGGCGGCCAAAUGCACCGCGAUGCGGUGCUGUUUGUUGGACAUGUGAGUACAUGUUACAGACGGUAACAGCUACAGCCGCGAUACGGUACCUUGUCACCGGUAUGUGUUUUAGGCGAUUACGCGGGGCGGUGUUUUGGGACCAGCACCCUCUGUAUGUUGACUGCCCUCUGUUUGUAUUGUUUAGCGCGCAGCAUGUACGGUAAUGUGCCCUACCUGCUAUCACUCCGAUGCGACCAUUCUGUGUAUGGUUGUGCUGUUGUUAACUCCCGCCUGGGAGAAACGGAAGGUCGUUGCGAACGGCUGAUGCUGGCAACCUGACAUUUUGCGGAAACUGUACUACUCCCGCCGCCGUGGGUGCAUGCGGUGGUUGGUUGAUUGGUUGGGUUGGUUUGAUGGUUCGCGGUUGGUUGGCUGCCGUAUCGUUGGCUUCCUUGUUGCAAUCGUUGCCAUCUGCAUUAUUAGUCCGAGGCGUCGUUGGGCCACGAGGCAUGUCUCUUUAUUCAAACUUGUUCGCUGCAACAUGAGAGUGUGUUAAAGCUCCGCGGCACCACCGGUAGGUGGGGACCACCGAUCGAUAGCGGUCGGCAGCAGCAUCAGGAGGUAGUGUUGCCAGCUGAGGCCUGCACGUGCUUUGCGGCGCGCGAAACGCUUUCGAAGCGUACCGAAUGUUAUCUGCGGGGGCUUGGAUUGCGGCAGCUUGCUGCUGACCCACCCGGCCGGAUUGCAGACCACAUAUCCGUUCGGCACUUGCAUGGAACUUGCGUGCCAUCAUUGACCCUCGAAGCCUGUGUCCACUUUCCUGCAUACUCAGCGAUGGUUUUUAGUGCCUGCGUUUUUUAGCACAUCACAGGGUGCGCAUGCACUAAUGCACAGCGAGAACCUUGGUUCACGUCGUUUGUUAUCGCUGGGGUUGACUGUGAUGGCUGCACAGCCUCGGAUUGUUCUGCUUCAACGCUAGCUCAGCUCUGUCGCUGAAAGGUGCACGGAGGUGGUCGGAACUGUGGCGUGCUUGCGUUUAAACCGUCAUGUCAUUGGUUCUGGAUGGUGUGUUUAGGUGUGUUGUGGUUGGCGUUUGCUAGGAUGUAUGCAUGAGACAACACGACGCUUUGAGGCGUUACGGAUGGAGCAGGGCUGCUGAGCAUCACUGUGUGCGGCAUGCGCUGAACUGUAGGCGUGAACGUAUCUCGUCUUGGGUCCGUCUGGGAUCGUGGCAACACCAGGGAGAACUGCUGUGGCUCUGGCUGUGCUGUUGUUGUAACCUUGUGCCAGCAUCCUCGGCAUGGGGGUGAGGCGGCCCGGGGCAAGGCGGAGGGCCACAACAAGGUGAGAAUGAGAAGGCAGGUCUGGCGCGUGCGGAAAAUACCGGUACGUGGCAAAUGUGCGGGGCGGAGAAACGAGGGCGUGGGGUAAUAAGAUGCCCAGGUGAUGCGGGCGGGCGGUAUGACCCCCGUACACUCGUACUGUUGUACCAAGUGCCACAUGUGUGCAGUCAGUGUUGUGUUGUGCUGUACCGGUGUGGUACGGAAUGGAGCUCUUGGGGCUCGUUGCUGUUGUUGCUUCGUCUAUUUGUUGUGUCCGCGUUUGAACGUUCGAACUUGUACCUGACCGUUGGUUUUCAUACUGGCACCGCUGUGCUUGAUAGAGAACCCGCGGCCCUUGGGAGCGAGGGCAUCUUACGAACAGGAUUCUUGCCGUUAUUGGGAAUGGUUGGCUGGCUUGUCGUGUCGUGCCUUCCAGGCGAGGGGUUUUAGUGAAUUGCCCAGCUGCGAAAGUGCCCUGCCGGAACAGUAGGCCCAUGCCCUCGACACUUUAGACGGCUC